AUGUCCAAGCAACAGCCUGCUCAGUUCACCAAUCCAGAAACCCCUGGCUAUGUUGGAUUUGCAAACCUUCCCAAUCAGGUUCACCGGAAGUCUGUGAAGAAGGGCUUUGAGUUUACUCUCAUGGUGGUUGGUGAAUCUGGACUGGGGAAAUCCACGCUAAUAAACAGCCUCUUCUUGACAGAUCUGUACCCAGAGAGGAUAAUUCCAGGAGCUGCUGGUAAGCACACCUUGGUUCUGCUGUUGUGGGAGUGCUAUAAGAUCGAGCGCACGGUGCAGAUCGAGGCGUCCACGGUGGAGAUCGAGGAGAGGGGCGUGAAGCUGCGGCUGACGGUGGUGGACACGCCUGGCUACGGGGACGCCAUCAACUGCCGAGACUGCUUUAAGACCAUAAUCUCCUACAUUGAUGAGCAGUUUGAGCGAUACCUGCACGAUGAGAGUGGCUUGAACAGAAGGCACAUCAUAGACAACAGAGUUCACUGCUGCUUCUAUUUCAUUUCGCCGUUUGGUCAUGGCCUCAAGCCUCUGGAUGUUGAGUUUAUGAAGGCCAUACACAACAAAGUGAACAUCGUGCCAGUGAUUGCCAAGGCUGAUACACUUUCUCUGAAGGAGCGAGAGAGACUGAAGAAGAGGAUUCUGGAUGAAAUAGAAGAGCAUGGCAUCAAGAUCUACCACCUGCCUGAUGCUGAGUCGGAUGAGGAUGAAGACUUCAAGGAGCAGACCAGGCUCCUCAAGGCCAGCAUUCCGUUCUGCGUGGUGGGAUCCAACCAGCUCAUUGAAGCCAAAGGGAAGAAAGUCAGAGGUCGGCUCUACCCCUGGGGUGUAGUUGAGGUGGAGAAUCCGGAGCACAAUGACUUUCUGAAGCUGAGGACCAUGCUAAUCACCCACAUGCAGGACCUUCAGGAGGUGACCCAGGACCUUCACUAUGAGAACUUCCGCUCCGAGAGGCUCAAACGAGGCGGCAGGAAAAUAGAAGACGAAGAAGUAAAUAAGGACCAGAUUCUGCUUGAGAAGGAGGCAGAACUCCGUCGCAUGCAGGAGAUGAUUGCAAGAAUGCAGGCCCAGAUGCAGAUGCAGAUGCAAAGUGGAGAAAGUGACAGCAGUGCAGUUCAUGGGCACCACGUGUAA